AUGAUACCACCCGGCGAAAGCUUCGCGGAAAAAUUCUUCCCAGUAACAACAUCCCAAGCCUUCGAGGAUGCCUCUGCGGAAGAAAGAAUCAACAUGUUCCUCUCGGUCAAGACCCCCCACGACAUCCGCUUCUCGUCGCAAUUCAUGGAGAACGAAGUGAAACUGCAUUCCUUCAAGCAGACGUCCCGCGACACGGCCCUGGCGGUUUUCAAAUUCCGCAUUUCGCGAUUCUACUGCAAUGGAGCCGGGAAUCUCCACGGUGGGGCGCAGUCGUUCGUCUACGACAUGCUCACGUCGAUUGCGCUUUCGGGGAUCGGGAAGAAGGAUUGGUGGUUGAAUGCGGGCGUUUCGCGGAGUCUGAACGUGACGUAUCUGCGACCUGCGCCGGAGGGGACGGAUGUGCUGUGUGAGGUGGAAGUUAUGAGUGCUGGGAAGAAGAUGGCGCUUACGAGGGGGGUUAUCAAGAGGGAGUCGGAUGGGUUGGUGUACAGUACGUGUGAGCAUGAUAAGGCUGCUGUGGCGGCUAAGGCGGGGACGGAUGUUCAGUCGAAGUUAUAA